AACUGCAAACAAAACCAAAAUGUCGAGCACUAUAAAAUGCAGCGAGGUGAAUAAGGAUAAUCUCAUAGGAACAAUAUGUUUAAACAGCUCUUGUACGCCGUUGGACUAGUAUGGUGCUGGAUGGCGUUUGUCCAGGCAGGAGAGCCAAAAACUGUGGAGGAAUGUGAAAAAAAUAUUCCAUCUUCAUUGAAAGAUCGCAUCUGUGAACUGCGCCAGUAUACACCCGACACCAGCCCAGACAUGGACAAGCAUAUGCAGUGCGUGUUGCAUGUUGUAGGAUUUGUCGAUCGAAACGGUGAAGUUGAGUUCCAAGAGCUGUUGGGAUUGCUAACAAUCGCUGAACCGCGAGGAAAACAUGCAGAAAACAUAAAGAAGUGCGUAGCCGAAUCCGCUAAGGUUAAUGCCAGCAAAAAAGCAAAUACUUUUUACACCUGCUUUUUGACCACGGAUUCUGUCGAGGCUUUCAAACUGUCAGUCGACUUUGUGGAACUGAUUCGAGCAGGCAAACUAAAGCCAAAUUCUCAAUUCAACGCCGGGCAGAUCAAGGCGCUUAUCAAGGAGAUAGAUGAUGGUUUGUGCGACUGAAUCGUAAUAGCUGACCUAUUAUCUGUGCUGCUACAUCAUUGAUGUACAGAUCAAAAAUAAAUCUACUAAUCUCAAUGCAAA